AUGGCGCGUCUCGGCCUGUUGCACGGUUGCAUUUUGGCGACCCUGCUGGUGGCGGCGCUCUGUUUAAGCCCCGGGGCUAAGCCUUCCUCUGCCUCCGGGGGCGCCGAAGCUCGGUGCGAAGUGUGUCAAGAUUUUUUGGAAAGAUUCUACAGUUCUUUGAAAAAAAACCAUUCUGAUUUCUCCAUGGCUUCCAUAGAGGAGGAGUUAAUUAAGACUUGCAUGGAGGCAAAAGGCAAAGAACACCGCUUGUGCUAUUACCUUGGGGCUACCGAAGACGCAGCUGCCAAGAUCCUCACUGAAGUCAGCCGUCCAAUGAGCGGCCACGUCCCUGCGGCCAAAAUCUGCGAGAAACUGAAGAAAGUCGAUCUUCAGAUUUGUGAACUCAAACACG